AUGGAGAUGAUCAUGGACAUUCAAAGUUUCAUUGGCCCCAACGAUAAAUUUAUACCCAAGGAACUUUGCAUCAUAAACAUAAACUCAUCGCGUUUGAGCCGCAUUAUCUUCAAACCGCCGUACGCUUGGGCGGAUCUACCAGCUGAACACAAAGCUACUAACGCUUGGCUAACAUGCAAUUUUCAUGGAAUACCCUGGAAUGCGGGAAUCGAACCUUAUGCUGAGGUGCAGAAAAUUGUAAAAAAGGCUGUUAAAUAUGCAUGCUAUGUAUAUGUCAAAGGUGAGGAGGAGAAACGGUGGCUGACAGAGAUCCUUGGUGGGACAAAACAAGUAAUAAACAUGGAAGAUUUACACAUUCCACCACCAUCACUGGAAAAACUGAAACAUAUGGAAGAGGCGGGCUGGUGCUGUGAUUAUCAUGGAAACGAUUCAACGGGGUACAACUGCGCCUUCGAAAAUGUUCGGCGUUUGAAGAAGUGGUAUGUCAAGGAGUGCACGGGGUCUCUCACGAAAUCGCUCUUGUUUAGUACAAUGCCAGCAAGACGCAGAGGAGCUUCUAUAGCCCGUCACACACCUAGAUCUGCAAGCAGGCGAAAUACAAGAGCCCUAAGAACAGAAGACCAAAUCCAGCAAGAUAACACUCAUGUGCGUGAGAACAUGGCGCGAUUGCGUCAAGCUGAAUCAGAAGAUGUACGAGCUGAACGAAAUGAACGAAGAAGAUUAGAACAAAGGCAAUCGCGUCGUCUUAUAGUUGGCAGAUGCAGAGCGAAUGAACAACAGCGCCAACAGGUGCAUCGAUUAUUUACAUCUAAUUCAUUCCUGCGUCUAGCAUUCGAGUAUGAGCACGAUAUUCAAUAUUAUGCUCAUUCAAAAGUGGUAAUUGGUGCUAUGGACAAGGAAUGUCCGCAUUGUCAUGCUCUUAAGUUUAAAACUGAGCCACCUGGAAUGUGUUAUUCGUCAGGAAAGGUGCAAUUACCUGCAAUUGAGACACCACCUGAACCAUUGAACGGUUUACUUAUCGGCACGGAUCCAGAUUCUAAUCUAUUCCUAAAGUCAAUCCGAACAUUUAAUUCAUGUUUUCAAAUGACAUCGUUCGGAGCAACAGAAAUAAUUAGAAAUAAUGCUAUCAAUGGUCAGCAAUUUAAUUCAACAUUCAAAAUCAAAGGCCAAAUUUAUCAUAAAGUGGGCUCAUUGCUGCCAAUGCCAAACGGAUCACCUAAAUUUUUACAAAUUUACUUUAUGGGCGGUGAGGAUGCACGUGUAGAUGCACGUUGUGGCUAUAAUAACCUCGAUUCAUUUUUUGCCAGACGCAUCGUCAGUGACCUGGAUUCCCUAUUGAAUGAGCACAAUGAAUUGUUGAAAAUAUUCAAAUCACACAUGCACAAAUUACAAAGUGAUAAUCACGCUAUUGUCAUCAAUCCGGAUAAAACACCUGCUGGAGAGCAUAUUCGUAGAUUUAAUGCACCUGUUCUUGACGAUGUCGCUGGAAUCAUGGUUGGCGAUCGUACAGCUAAACGAGAAAUAGUGAUUCGUAGAAGAAAUAAUAAUCUACAGUUCAUUGCUGAUACACACCGUUCAUAUGACGCUCUGCAAUAUCCGCUAAUGUUCUGGAAGGGACAAGACGGGUAUUGCAUAAGCAUUAAACAACGAAAUCCCGCAACAGGUGCCGAAACGAACAAGAAUGUUAGUUCGAAGGACUAUUAUGCGUAUCGGUUGAUGAUUAGACGUGAUCAGGACAACGUUAUUCUACGAUGUCGUGAGCUUUGUCAACAAUUCAUGGUCGACAUGUAUGUAAAGAUAGAGAGCGAACGAUUAAGAUACUUGCGAUUUAAUCAAGAAAAGCUGCGUGCGGAAGAAUACAUUCACCUGCGAGACGCUAUUGUCAACAACGCCGAUGCCGCUCAAAUCGGUAAUUCUGUCAUUCUACCAUCAUCAUACAUCAGCAGCCCACGUCAUAUGCAAGAAUACAUACAGGAUGCUCUGACUUACGUGCGCGAAUAUGGGCGGCCGUGUUUAUUUAUCACGUUCACAUGUAACCCAAAAUGGCCGGAGAUUACAUCUUUACUAUUGCCUGGCCAAAAUGCAGUACAUCGUCAUGACAUUACAGCACGUGUGUUCAGACAAAAAUUGAAGUCUUUGAUAAAUUUCAUUACAAAACUACAUGUAUUCGGUCCCACACGUUGCUGGAUGUAUUCCGUUGAAUGGCAAAAGCGGGGAUUACCUCAUGCCCACAUUUUGGUUUGGUUAAUCGAUAAAAUACGACCUGAAGAAAUCGACAGUAUAAUUUCUGCGGAAAUUCCAGAUCCGUCUACUGAUCAAAUGCUGUUUGAUAUUGUUACAGCAAACAUGAUUCAUGGCCCAUGCGGCAAUCUGAAUCGUACAUCGCCUUGCAUGGUAGAUGGAAAAUGUACCAAAAGUUAUCCGAAAAAUUUCACGAACGAUACGAUCACAAAUGUUGACGGAUACCCCAUAUAUCGUCGAAGAAGUUCCGAUAAUGGCGGGCAAUCAUUUGUUAAAAAUAUAAACAGAGUAGAAAUUGACAUUGAUAACCGUUGGGUGGUCCCAUAUUCGCCUCUGCUGAGCAAAACAUUCAAUGUUCAUAUUAAUGUUGAGUUCUGCAGUUCAGUAAAGAGCAUCAAAUACAUUUGCAAGUAUGUCAAUGAAGGCAGCGAUAUGGUUGUAUUUCGAGUUGACAAAAUCAAUGCGAAUGCUCCUCCGGUGAAUACUGACGAUGAAAUAACGCUUUACCAAAUUGGUCGGUACGUCAGCUCCAAUGAAGCCGGUUGGCGUAUCUUUGGUUUCCCAAUUCAUGAACGGGAUCCAGCAGUUAUUCAUUUGGCCGUCCAUCUUGAAAACGGCCAGCGCGUAUAUUUCACGACCGAGACAGCGAUCGAUCGUGCUAUAAAUCCACCAAAAACAACACUCACUGAAUUUUUUGAAUUGUGCAAUCGUGCGCAUGUUUUUGGUGCGUUUGCACGGACAUUGCUGUAUUCAGAAAUACCACGCUAUUUCACAUGGGCUCCAACAAAAAAAUGGAUGCCCCGCAAGCAAGGCACGCCGAUUGAUGGAUAUCCCGGUUUAUUCAAAUCAAACACCUUGGGGCGAGUAUUUACAGUCAAUCCAAGGCAGACUGAGUGCUUUUAUCUUCGCCUGUUAUUGGUUAAUGUCAUCGGGCCAUUGUCAUUUCAAGAUAUACGGAAAGUGGAUGGACAACAGUAUCCAACGUAUAAAGAUGCAUGCCAUGCACUCGGCUUGCUGGAAGACGACAACCAGUGGGAAUGUAUGCUUGCUGAAGCGGGAUUGAACUGUGCAGCAAAACAAAUUCGUCUACUAUUCGCUAUAGUGUUGACUACAUGUUUCCCGACCCGAGCAGAGACAUUAUGGGACAAUCACAAAGAUUCAAUGACUGAUGAUAUAUUGCAUCAACAUCGUACACGGUGCAACGAUCUAACGAUAGUUUUCAGUGACGCUAUGUACAAUGAAGCAUUGAUUGCUAUUGAGGAUCUUUGCAUUACCAUUGCCAACUUACCACUCAGUCAUUUCGAAGAAGCUCCUGACAAAGAGUUUUUGGCUACAAAGGCUGCUCUUAUUCUUGGCAUACAUGGGGCAUGCAGAGGUCAAGAGCUUCAUGGUUUGACUAUGGAUAAUAUUAAACUACACGACGCCUAUCUCGUUGCGACAAUACCCGAUACGAAAACACAUUCACCAAGAACCUUCGUGCUCGAAGGUAAAUACCACAAGAUCGUGACCGACUACAUGCUAUUAAGACCGAAACAUACACCAAUAACAAAACUUUUCAUCGGUUACCGCAACGGCAAGUGCUGUAAUCAACCAAUGGGGAAGAAUUUAAUCGGUGGUAUGCCGAAAAAAAUUGCCACAUGGUUAGAGUUAGAAAAUCCUGAAUUGUAUACAGGACACAGUUUUAGGCAUUCUUCGGCCACUCUGCUUGUAGAUUCGGGAGCUGACAUCACGACGUUGAAAAGACAUGGUGGAUGGAAAUCCACGCAAGUAGCCGAAGGGUACAUCGAAAAUUCUGUGAAUAACAAAAGAAAAAUUAGAAAACAACUAACAGAUGCGAUUGAUGAAGACUCUGAUGAAAGUUCCAAGAAAAAAUCAAAAAAACAAACUACCGUUAUGACAGUUAACAAAAAAACGGUCCAAAUAAAAGAUUAA